AUGAAACGUUACUCCUAUGUCAACUGUAUGGCUGAAUGCCGUGCUGUUCUUACUUACGAUUUAUGUAAAUGCUUACCCAUGAGGUACCUGAAUAAUGGUAGUUUUCCUUCCUGCGGUAUGGAGUCGAUUUUCUGCAUCAUGGAAAACAUAAAUGUUUUCACUGGCGCGAUUCCUGGCUUAAACGAAACUAUACUGAGAAGGCAUGACUUUAGGAAAGGACGAUGCGAAUGCCUACCCGACUGCGAGCUAAACUUAUACCCAACGGAGGUUGCUUCUGCUGAUCUUAUUAGACCAAAAUCUAUAAAUAAAACUGCGAAAAUCACGAAUAAAGUAAUUGCGCACAUCUACUUCAAUGAUAUGGUGUCAACCAGAUAUCGGAAGGACAUUUUCCAAGAUUGGAUUCAAUUACUCGCAACAUUCGGAGGACUUUUGGGCCUCAUCAUGGGUUUCAGUUUUGUAACCGCUUUCGAGUUCAUUUACUUUUUAACAAUUCGUCCUUUAUUUGAUUGCUUUGCCAACAAUUCUGUUGGAAGAAGUUAAGGAUAAUAAACUUCAAUAUAAACACACAAAUUAAGUGUUCGAGAAAAUACAAAUUGUUAAC